CGGGUGUCCGCAUGCAAUAAGGAAUUCGUUUCGGGGUCCCACGACCCAAAAGCUGUUACCUUUUUUCGGGGGCAGUCACUGUAAUCCGUUGGCCAUGACAUUGUAACGCCUAUCAAAAUUUUUUGUGGAGUUUGCCUCAAAGACAACUAUGCCUUGGUUAAUCACGGUUUUGUGUUUAUGGGGCCUCCUCCCCAUACGGCCACUUAUACCAGCCCUUAUAAUAAUGGCAAAUCCCUAUGCCUCUUGGAAAAAGUGGAACGAGAUCGGGGUUCUAGGUUCCCAUGGCAAGGCGUUGACAAAACGAGAAGAUAGCCCAACUGACGUUUGCAAGAGAUGGUCGCAGCAAACUGCAAUUGUCAACGGAACGCUGUAUAUCUAUGGCGGAAGGUCUAUCAGCCAGUCAAGCCAGAGUGACAACACUUGGAAUAAUGACUUUCUCACUCUCGAUCUUGAGAACGAUUGGGAUAUUUCCUCGCCAAAAUUGACGGGUUUGACGAAAUCUUCAGGCCCUCCUGCUGUAGCCAACGCUUACCUCUGGAACUCUUAUACUUCUCUCUUCCUUUACGGUGGAGAAUUCUCGGACAACCCUCCGGCGGAUCCCGUUGAAUUUACUUUAUGGGAGUAUGAUAUAUCUUCCGAAAAAUGGACAGGGCAUGAAAACCCAACAACAUCCAAGGGCAAAAACUCGGAUGACGGCGAUAAACCUGUGCAGAGGUCAGCCGAAGGAGCUGGCAUUACCGUUUCCGAACUCGGAAGAGGCUGGUAUUUCGGCGGUCACUUGGAUGGAUACACGACCAAAGGAUGGUCGCAGUCAGUUGCGAGGGUUUAUUUAAAGUCGAUGAUCGAGUAUACAUUCCCUGGCUUUGGUAAUAGCCAAGUCGAAAUGGAAGGAAAUAGCAAGGUUGCGGGGGCCGAUGGAAUUUGGCGAAAUAUUACCGAAGGUGGUCUCCAGGAUUCCGCUGGAUUCACGGAGCGGGCUGACGGUGUCCUUGUGUACGUACCUGGCUUCGGCGAAGAAGGCAUAAUAAUAGGACUGGGUGGCGGCACAAAUGCGACUUUCACUUCUAUGAACGUGAUUGACAUCUAUGAUAUUGCAAACUCCACUUGGUAUAAGCAAGCGACAAGUGGGAAACCUCCGGAGAUCCGGGUCAACCCUUGCGCUGUGGCAGCCUCUGCGGCUGACGGUAGCAGCACGCAAGUAUAUCUUUACGGGGGGCAGAAUCUCAUACCAUAUGGCGAGCAAAAGCAAUACGACGAUAUGUGGAUCUUAACCAUACCUAGUUUCACCUGGAUCAAAGUCGAUACAGACAAUCAAUCUGCCCCUCCUGCCAGAGCUGGACACACCUGCAAUAUCUGGAAUUCCCAGAUUUUGGUAGUAGGCGGGUAUGUUGGAAAGGACUUAAGCUGCGACAGCCCUGGGAUAUAUGUUUUUGAUGCGUCAGAGUUAAGGUGGCAAACAAAGUACACUGCGUUGGAAGGCGGAAACGAUCUGAACCAACAGGACUCGCAGAAAAAUAGCAAGGGUGGCCUAAGCGGGAGCUAUGGAUAUAAAGUUCCAGAGCUUGUUCAGUCCGUUAUCGGUGGAGACAGCCAGGGAAGAGCGACUGUAACAACACCAGCUGUUCAUGUCACUGAAGGACCGAUAGCCACGGGAAAGCCGAUGACCUAUACCGUACCGGAUUCGACCCCGACGGGUGGGCCAGGAAAUAAUACGCAAUCGCCCAACAGUAGCGACGGCGGACUCAAUGUCGCCGCCAUCGCAGCAGGCGUGGUCGCUUGCUGCCUGGCCAUUCUCGCAGCGUAUCUGGGAUUCUGCACAUAUGUGUACCGCAAGCAGCUCGCACUCUACAAACAACACGUUGCUGCCGCCCAGCGGUCAUCGGAUGGGAGUCGAUACGGUGAAAAGCUGUCCUACCUCUGGCCCCGGGAAAACCUGAGCGUGAACGGGCCGUCAAUAGGCGAGUCGAGCAGUGCCCUCACGAUGACCCCCGCUGCUGCAGCUGCGCAUGCAUUUGCCGCAAGCGAGUAUUCGCGGAGCGCACAACCUGGGUCAGCGAAUAGCAGCGCGGAUGAUUUGCUCGCAGGACAGGAGCCGACAUUCCUGGGAGUAAUGCUUAACCCGAGAAGAAGUUUAAGGGUCAUAAACAAAGACUGAGCCCCAAUUUUUUCUUUCUUUUUCUUUUUCUUUUUUAAUUUUUCAGUUGCAUGACGACUUGCACGAUUCGAUGACUCCCGCCAAUGGCCCUCUGGACCGUGAAGUUUGUUUGUCUUUGUUUCGA